AUGCCGAUCUUCAAGGCGGGGUUCAGCGGGCACGCCGUCAAGUUCAGUCCCUUCUUCGAGACGCGGUUGGUGGUGGCGAGCGCCCAGAACUUCGGCAUCAUCGGCAAUGGCCGCAUCCAGGUCAUCGAUAUCGACCCCGCCACCGGCUCCAUCGUCGAGCUCUGCGCCUUCGACACCGCCGAUGGCGUCUACGACUGCGCCUGGUCCGAGGCACACGAGUCUCUGCUCGUCUCCGCCGUAGCCGAUGGUCACGUUAAGCUCUGGGAUACCGCCCUCCCCCCGAAUUCUAAUCCCGUCUGCUCCUUCAAGGAGCACGGCCGCGAGGUCCACUCGGCCGAUUGGAAUCCUGUCCGUCGCGAUUCCUUCCUUACCUCCUCCUGGGAUGAUACCAUCAAGCUUUGGGCCGUGGAUCGCCCCGCCAGCAUCCGCACGUUCCGCGAGCACACAUACUGUGUAUACACCGCCGCUUGGAGCCCCCGCCAUGCAGACGUCUUUGCAUCCGCCUCAGGCGACUGCACCGUCCGAGUCUGGGACGUUCGCGAGCCGACAAGCAAGCUCACUCUCUCUGCCCACGAUCUCGAGAUACUUUCCUGCGACUGGAACAAGUACGAUCAGUGCUGUCUAGCUACGGCCUCCAUCGACAAGUCUAUCGGUAUUUGGGACAUCCGGAACACCAGAAUGCCAAUGAACAGGCUCGAAGGCCAUUCAUUUGCCGUCCGCAAGAUCAAAUUCUCACCGCACCGACCAAAUGUUCUUGUGUCGUGCUCCUACGAUAUGACUGUAUGCAUGUGGGAUUACCAGGCCGAAGAUUCCCUCCUUGCGCGUUACGACCAUCACACAGAGUUCGUGGGUGGGAUUGACAUGAGCGUGCUGGUGGAGGGGAUGCUGGCUAGCACGGGCUGGGACGAGCUAGUCUAUGUCUGGCAGCAUGGCACUGAUCCUCGAGCAUGA